AUGAUCGUCCAGGAAGAGACGCCUCCGUACACCCCACGCUCCAAGUCACUCGACUUGCUCCGUGCCAACGCCGCAUCGCCCAUCACAGGUCGUAACUCGGUUGAUACAAUCUCAACCCUUCGUGGCCAUCGCAUUUCCAGUCCUAUCUUUUUGAACAGCAGUGUCGGGGUCAAACCGUUACCUGAAGAACCUCGCCUCGAACCGUGUAAACUCACAGGUGCGAUUCAAGUGCAUCAUGAUGAGCUUGAUACUUUUGAAUCUUCCCCUCCUUCUUCCCACUCCACAGGGGUGCCUGGGCUUGAUUCCGCGGCAGCCAAGGCAAGAGCCUCAACAAUGCCGCGCUAUUUGACAGGAGACAUACUAUCCCAACCUAAAACACCAAGUCGUCGUCAACUCUCGUCCGAUCAGCUGAAGAGCAAAUUCAGCAUGUCGCCCGUUCAACAGUCGAAACGAUCAAAAGCGCGUGUUUUGGAGGAUCGUGCUUCGGCCAACAGGCUUCCUGAUGGAGUGCUUAGUCAGGACAUUGCCAGGUCGACGCUCGGCAACUGGUCGCAUAGUAUUGGCAUGGCUGCCAGGAAGUUGCAGAAGAGCACGCUGCCCAGCAAGGCUUCCGAUGAGAGCUAUCAGCCGACAUUGGAUGCGACUCAAGAGCGCAGCAGUAAGUUUGUUACGCCUGAGAAAGGCAAGGCUUCGUUAAGGAGCGCCACUAGUCUUGCUUCUAUAAGGAGGUUCAUGACGCCUUCAAGACGCACUAGAAAAGUGUCGAGCCGUGGAUUUGGCUCACGAUCGCGAGCAAUGCUGACCGUGGACGACACUCUCAUGGAACAUUUCCCUGCUGGGGAUAGCAACGAGGAUUCGUGCUGGGUCGACGCUGAUGGUCGCCCAAGUCGUGAUGGUCUCAGUCAGACGCAAGACCAAAUAAGAGCCAAAGCAGCGACUUCGAUGAGCAGCUCUUUCCUAAUGUUUCCAAAUAGACCCUACCGCUCUAACCGCAAAGCACAGGAGCUGUCGGAAAGCGACCAAAUGGCGUUGCGAAGACGUCUGCCUCUCCCAACUGACCUUUACGAGCCGCCGUCUGAGGAGCCGGCCCAAGAGCAUUCGCCCAAGUCUGAUGGUUCCUCCGAGGUCCUGAGUAGUCACGAGAUCUCUGCUGUUAGUACGCCUCCGACUGAUACUGAGUCUGCUCAGUUUCAAGGUGUCGGGGAAGCUCUCUCAUCGUUGAAGAAUUCAGGUACGAGCACAGAACAACCUCCCACAGCCCCUGCACCGUCCAAGCUGAAAACACUCCAGCUACUGGCUCGACGGCCAUUCAACGCUUUCGGGAAGAAGAUGCGAGAGAUGGAGAAAUCAUCAUGGUGGCCGACACGCAGCUCGCAAGAUCUUCCCGAUCGCUCAGGAGGCACGUCGGCUCAGCAAGUCACAGCACCCAGCCAGGGCCCGCCUACUAGAUGCAGCGAGGAUCUGCUGUCGAAAGCUUCUCCACGCGUGUGUGACGCAUCGACAAUGGCCCAAAAGAGCCGCAGUGUUGAACUUGAUCGCAUCCAGCUUCCCUCGAAAGUAGUUCCACUUCGAUCCUCGGGUGUUGCGGCGUACAAACGCCGACCGCUGAUUCCGGACGCUUUUGCAAAGCCACCCCCACCUCCUCGGCCACCCACCAGGGAGUCCAUCAAGGCAAUACCAACUGCGAGGAUCUCUGAUCAUCGGCAUCCCUGGAUGAAGCAGUUACAGCUUCCUGCCGCUUCCACACAAGGCCACACUAACGGUGGAACAGCAGCAAAGCAGUCGGAAGAGGGUCAGAUCUGGCCCAAAAUGAGAUCGAGUGAGCCACCCUCAGCUAGGAGCAUACCGACUUUUUCUCUAACGGAGGCGAGCCUGACAAUGGUGCAUCCAAGUACUGGCGCUUCUGUGCCCAUGCUGAAGAAGCAGUCGCCUCGAAGACCUCCAGCUUCCCUCCUUGGUCAGUCUCUGCCAAUCCCGCCUCGUUCGGGACGCAGUCGAGCUAGCACAAUCAGCUCGCAGAGCUCCACGACCUCUUCUCCAUCAGGUAAGAUCAUCGUCUCGCGUCGCUCCUACGGACAACGCUUGCGCUCUCCAAGCACUCGCGAAGAGACUGGAAGCAUUCGGUCUGUAGGCACCUCAAUCCUCUUCACGGAAUCUCCACCAGCAUCGCCAGGUAUGCGCAAGUUCAUGUCACCAUACCACAUCACUCGAUCGCCGAGCGCUGUUCGAGUACGAAGUCCGCCAACAACGGUGCUCUUGCCCAAAUAUUCUCCUCGUCGAGGAGGCAAAGGGCCGAGCUUGCAUCGGAAGCCCUCGUCUGCCUUUUCGACGGACUCGGAUAUCAUCGAAGAGCAGGAAUGGGUUGACGAUGCUCCGUUUGACAACAACUCGACAACUGCUCUGCAUGAGCUAACUGCCUUGCGCAACAGGCUUGAAGACGUCUUACCUCCACGAAGGCCUGGGUUUCUGGAAAUGAACGAAGCAACACAAACUCUCUCGAAUCUUGUCAAGACUUUUAGCGGAAGCUCUCCAUCUCUCAGCCCCAACGCGUCGCCAUAUAAGAAAAUGGAAGCAGGAGAAGCUGUGACGAGUGCUGGAAGCCUCUAUGGUAUAAUGGAAGCUGAUGAAUCCAGCCUAGUGCGUUCUCCACCAGCAGUACAUCAUCUGCACUCGGCUCGUCAGAGGCUGAUCAGCAUCGCCAGUAUCGUCUCAACCGAAGCAAAUUCGAGCUUUGAAGAUUCAGAAGAGCUUCAAAAACUACUCGAUAGCAUUAUGGCCGCUGAUCUCGGUAACAGUUCGGAUACAUCAGCAUCUCGAGGAGGUGAUAUGGCUCUUCUCUCCCCCUUUGGAUCUCCUGCAGACAUGCUGGAAACUCGUAAAGCAGAAUACAGAUUCUCGCAAGAACUGGUCAAGGAAAAAACAACUCAAACUCCAACAGCGCCACUCGCACCACCACCCAAAUUCUUGCUGAACGAUAGACCCAUCUCCCCACCUGAUUCAAGUUGUACGAGCCACGAAACAACCCACCUCUUCAACGUCAAAACAGGCUCGGACAAUGCUACUAUCAACGCUUGUCAUCGUGGACGAGCAACAACGGGGAAUACGUUUGCAGGUCUUCCAAUUAGUCACUCCAAGUUGCGUAUGUACGACGAGUUAGGCUCUGCUUCAGUCUCUAUUUGGGAUAGCUACCAUGCUCGCCAGAGUCAAUAG